AUGACACAGCCUCUUAUAAGACUUCUGCUACCACAUCCAAAACAGUCGAGCAGCACUGCGUCGUCCAGUUCUAAUACUCCAAGGUCAGUGAGGGUACCGCUUCUCGGGCAUCAACAGGACUCUGAAGCUGAUUUGAGUGACGAACAUCCACCUACUAGUCUACGCAUGCUUUUAACAACACCUACUCACACUGUGCAUCGCUGCUGGCGUAAGUUCGAUGACGCGUUCAUGCGACCAGUGUUUGGUGGACGAGGGUUCGUUCCUUUUGUUCCCGGUUCACCAACUGAACAGAAUCCACAUUGA